CGCGGAAUGUGAUGAAGUGCUCCGUGGUGUUUUUUUUCCUCAGUGUCCGUGUCAAAACAUCUUGAGAAGUUCUGAAAAUUUUCAACGCGAAAAUGUCGGCAUUAGUGCUAUUAAAUAGUGCUCAAAUUGCACGACACAAUGCCGGAAGUCUUGGGGUGCUCUGCACCAAGGCGCAGUACUCCACGGACGCUCCCAGAGCGCUGAAGACGACCAAUUUGGCGGCCAUGAAGCGCGGAACCGGCGGACGAUCCAGCUUCAAUGGAAUGGUGGCGACAGUUUUCGGCUCCACGGGCUUCAUGGGGCGCUAUGUGUGCAACAAACUGGGCAAGAUCGGCACGCAGAUGAUACUGCCGUAUCGCAGUGACCACUACGACGCCAUCCGACUGAAGGUGGCCGGUGAUCUGGGCCAGGUGCUGUUCCAGUUCUUCCACUUGGAGGACGAAGAGUCCAUCCGGAAGGCGGUGCGCCACUCGAAUGUCGUGAUAAAUCUGGUGGGGCGCGACUGGGAGACCAACAACUUCAACUUCACCGAUCUUCACGUGAACGGCGCCCGACGCCUGGCGAAGGUGUGCCGCGAAAUGGGCGUCGAGAGGUUCAUUCAUGUGUCAGCGCUCAAUGCCAGCGCCGCGCCGGAGCCCCUCGUGCUCAAGGAGGGCAGCAAGUUCCUCAAGAGCAAGUACUACGGUGAGCUGGCGGUGCGCGAUGAGUUCCCCGACGCGACCAUCUUCCGACCGGCCGACAUUUAUGGGCAGGAGGACAGAUUCAUCCGCUACUACUCGCACACGUGGAGGAAGCAUCUGGCCGGCAUUCCGCUGUGGCACAAGGGCGAGAAGACCAUCAAGCAGCCCGUCUUCUGCUCUGACGUUGCCCAGGGCAUCGUGAACGCCGCCAGGGAUCCCGAGACGGCGGGCAAAAUCUAUCAGGCUGUUGGGCCUCGUCGCUACUAUCUGUCCGAGCUCGUGGACUGGUUCAAUCGCGUCAUGCGCAAGGAGACCAAACUCUUCUCCUACGGUCGCUAUGAUCUGCGCUGGGAUCCGUCGUUCAUGCUAAAGGCCAAGCUCACCGAAGUCAUCUGUCCCUCCUUCAAAGUCGGCGAACUCCAUCCGGAGCGCGUGGAGAGGGAGCACGUGACGGACGUCGUCCUGCCCUCGAUUCCCACCCUCGAGGAUCUGGACGUGACACUGACGAAGAUGGAGGAUCAGAUCCCGUGGGAAUUGCGCCCAUAUCGCGCCGCUCAGUACUACGAUGCCGAACUGGAUGAGUUCGAGAAGCCGGCGCCGCCCAAGUACAUCGAGGCGACCACGAGAGUCUAGAGCGUCUAGAGAGUGAAGCUGAGGUUCGUCUUUGACCUUUUAUUGAUAAAUUCAAUUUACUAACUGUCAGAGUGUGGAGAGAACACAGCCAGAGUGUGUCUGGCAGGGAGGAAAUUCACUGUAUCUUAGCCCGAAAUAGAUUACUGAAAUGGUGAGUUUC